ACCUGUUACCGAUAACACUUAUUUAUAUAUUUUAAAAUAAUAUAUUGUUUAAUUGAAUUUAGAAAGAUGAAAGUGUUUGUGUGUUUUGUUUUGAGUUACAUCGCGUGCGUACACGCCGGCUCGCUGCCAUCCUUCAUCAGACCAUGCUCAAGAUCAGAUCCUAAUCUAAAUGAAUGCGUGGAGAAAGUCAUAUCGGUGGCUGGAGCGAAGUUCACAGAAGGCAUCCCGGAGCUGGGCAUAGCUCCCCUCGACCCUGUGGAGUUGGGUACCGUGGUCGUGGACAACCCAGCCUUGAAGCUCACGUUCACUGAUACAGUGGUCACCGGUUUGAAAGGAUUCAGAAUCAAUACGUACAAGAUCAACCCAGACAAGGGAAAGGCCACCUUAGACUUCACGGCUAAUGUAACGUUGAAGGCUCACUACGAUAUGAACGGGCAAGUUCUCAUCCUGCCCAUCAGGGGUAACGGACAGUCCAAGAUCAAAAUCACGAACCUCAACAUUGUCGUCAAGUAUGACUUCGAAGAAAAGGACGGACAUUGGAUAGUGCCUAGCUACAAGGACCACUACAAAAUGGACAGAGCUCAGUUCAAGUUCACCAACUUGUUCGGGGGUAACAAGGAGCUUGCACAAACAACAGAAAGGUUCACAAAUGAAAACUGGGAGAUUAUAAUGAGUGAGAUCGCACCGCCCGCCCUCAAGCAGAUUAUUAAAAAAUGCGUCGAUCAAGUGAAGAAGUUCUUCGCCGCAAUCCCCGCUAGAGAACUACUACCCUGAAUGGUGAUACAAUCCACCAAGUAAUAAAUAUUAAUUGGGAGCCUGUGAUGCGGGACAUCGGCCCGGCCGCCUUCCAACAAAUCAUCAAAGCCUGCGUCGAUGAAGCGAAGAAGCUGUUCGCAGCAGUUCCACUCAACCAACUGCUGCUACCAUGAACCUCUGUCACUUAUCGGUAUAAGUGCCUUGAAAAGGCAAAAGUGCUCAAUUAACAUAAAAUUCGUUUUAGAAUUAUUCGUAAACAAAUUCAUAUGCUGUUCGGUAAAAGACAACGGGGUGAAUAGGAAUCAAGAGGUGAAUCGAGACAUCGAGACAGGUGAAUAGAUAUCUACUAUGAAGAAUUUCCAAAUAGCUUCCGAUUUAUCAUCUCACCUGACCUCUCGAUUCCUGCGCACCCCGUCUGUCGGUUAUCCUAGUAAUGAAUUUGUGAGAAUAUCUCAAAAUCGAGGUGAAACUGCAAAAGUUAACUUAACUACAGAAUCAGUAAUUUUCUUUGUCGAUGCACGUUUUUCGUAAUCCUGCACGAAAUAACUACUAUAUACAAGACUGUGUUUGAUCAUUUGUUUGUAGGCGUACCUACCUACGUAUAAGUUGGUAAUAGUAAUAUUGUGAUAAUUAGUCUAAGUUAGUUCUUUUGGUACUAGAUUUAAUUUAUUCAUGAAUAAAAUGGAUGAUGUGUGAACUGA